AUGCUAUGUUUUUUGCAUCCUCUUUGUUCUCUGCAUUACCGCCACCAUGGCUUCCCAUCAGGAAGCUUCAGGAGGACUAAUCGGCAAUGGUUUGAACCCAAUAAAAAAUCUCAACGACCCUCACGUGGUAGAUAUUGCUCAAUUUGCUGUGACAGACUAUAAUAAGCAAUCUGCUGCCCAUCUCAAGUUGGUGAAGAUCAACAACGGCUAUACACAGGUGGUGUCUGGCGGCGUAAACUACAACUUCCUCCUGUUGACAUUCGGUGGCCUCCCUGAUAAUAGGUACGAGGCCAUUGUGUUUGAGAAUAAUUCUCAGAACUCGAGGAAGCUCAUUUCCUUCCACCCUCUUCAUGAUUGAUGCUUGAUGCAUGUAUUUCCUACUAUAUUAUUAUUCUAUAUAAUCAUAUCCUCGUUAUGUAAAGUUCAUGCUUUUUUA